AUGAUCACAAAGUCAGUCCCUACCACCGACGCCGAAGUCGAGCUCAACGUCCUCUCGCUCCUUCUCGAUGUGCCUCUCACUUCGCAGGACGAGCAGGACCUCCCCACCUCUCCCAUCUCGUUGCACAGCCCUCUCUCUCCUUGGUCGUCGGCCGUCUCGCCUGCUUUGCACAGCGCCUCCUCUUUCGAUGCAGCUCCGGCUGACAUGCAGCUUUUCAGAAGCGCAAGCCCUGCUCCCAUCAUGCCUCCUUCCAUUCAACGAUCAAAGUCGAUGGAUUCGAGUCACUUUGACCACGGCUACUCGCUCGAGAUGCACGCCGCCCAGACCGCAGUCAAGGCGGCCCUUGACGUGCUCGAGGAGCCCAGCUUGAACCGAGGCCUUCGCAUCUCGACCUCGCUUUCGCAAUCUCCCGACGGCGGGAACUCGCUCGGCCUUCGAGGCUGCCUCACCGCUCCGCUCUCGCCUGCACUCUCGUCUCCCGGCUCGCCCGCCGAAUCUUGCUUCUCCGGCACCGAAUCGGAUGGUACCAAGAAGAAAGGUCGUGCUCGCAUGUCGCAGGAAAAGCGCAAGAGGCUCGCCAGACGUCGCGAACGCGAAGCACUAGUCGCUGCCCUGACUCAACAGUCUAGCGAUGGUGGCGUUGCAGCUGCCGAGAUGCACAACUAUGUCUACCAAAACUCGCAUCUCACAUCCGCUCCCUCUGCGUCCCACUUCAGCCACAGUGCGCCCGUCACUCCCGUCGGAUCCUACUUUGCAUCGUCCACCAACUCGACCUUUGGUGGAGGUUUCCCAUUCUCGUCUUCUCCCACCGAAAUCUCUUCGGCAGCGGCUGCAUUCAAUGUUGCCAUCUCAUCACCUCGAUCGAGAACUUUUGGAUUCUCGGCAGCGGCGGCGGCCGACCAUCCAUCGCCGGCACUCACCCAUGCUUCGGUAGCAACCUCGAGCUCGGCAUUUGGAUCCAUCGGUACGCCCAGCUCGUCGCCCACGUCGGUGCUCUCACCCAUCGGAAGCGAUGCAUCCAGCAGCCCUCCUACGCUGGUCGUCCAGCCUCCGUCGCCUCAACGUGUGCGUGGAGUAAACUUUGUUCCCCGCACGACUGCCAAGCCUAGCGCCGGAAACGGAGCUUACCAUCAGCAGUGGAAUGGCUUUGUCUCUGCCUCGAACCUCGCUUCCGUUUACUGA